CAGCAGAGAUUGUAAAUAAUGUCGUGUUCUCAGAAGGAGUUGGGCGCGGGCCUCGUCGUCUCGCUCACUCCGGGUUUUCAGAAAGAUGUCUUUUAGCAUUUUUUCCCCUCUGUUGUCUUGAUUCCCGGCGAGCAAUGUCGGUUUUUCUAUUUUGUACAUACAGAGUUUUGUAUAUACUGUAUAUGAUGAGCUCGCUGGGCAGCGACAAGGCCCGGGGUCCUCGGGAAAAAGCGCUGCCAGCUGCCACUCAGACAUCACAACCACAGAAGCAAAUAAAGGCUACUGCUGAGCAGAUCCGUCUGGCUCAGAUGAUCUAUGACAAGAAUGAUGCUGACUUUGAGGACAAAGUUAAUCAGCUGAUGGAGGUGACAGGGAAGAAUCAAGAUGAGUGCAUGGUAGCGCUUCAUGACUGUAAUGAGGACGUUAGCAGAGCCAUCAACUUCCUCCUGGAAAGCCCUUCAGACAUGACCUCCUGGGAAACGGUGGGGAAGAAGAAGCCCCUGGUGAAAGAAGGCCCAUCGGAGAGCAAGGAGAACAAGGAGAACAGGGAGAAGAAAGGGGAGAGGGAGGCAAGUAAGGGUCGUGCCUCGGCCAACCGCAAAGGCAAGGGGGCCGGUCGGCGAGGACAGGCACGUCCCGAGGAGAACGGCGUGGAGGCAACCCCGGUGGACAAAGGUUCAGAUCGAGGUCGGAGGGUCAAAGGGAGCAGAGGAUCAGGAGUUCGGGGUCGAGGAAGAGCACCACCUGGGAGCAGGUUCUCAGCCCAAGGCAUGGG